ACCGUUUUAACGGAUAUGGGAAACGUUAAUUAAUAUAAAUAAAUAAUAAUAGAAGGAUUAAAUCAAGAAAUUGAAUGAAUGUGAAGUGCAGGGGAGGGAGGAAUAACGACGGGAGCUGCUGCUGAAGGUCGACGGCUAGGGUUCAGGAGACAGUGGCGUCCAUGGCUUUCCAGAGCUCAAGAGCCUCACGUUUUCGUUCAGAUGCAAAGGAGUUACUCUGUGGCCAUGGUGAGAGGUUGAUUUUGCGAACAUCAUCGACGAAGGAUAACCCUGGACGAAGAUUUUGGGGUUGUGUAUACUAUGAGGUUCAGGAUGGGUGUGAUUUCUUUAGAUGGGCAGAUCCGGAACCUGGAGGUGUUCAGCAAGAGGUUGAAUUUGUAAGAAAUAGGAGGAAGAUAACGAAAUUAAAGGCAAGAUUGAAGGAGUUGGAGACCAAGCUUUGGGUUGUGGCUGCUCUAUGUUUUGCUGGGUGGGUGGGCUUUUUGUUCUUAUUCCUGCAGAAUCGUUACAACUUGAAGCACCCGAAUGGAAUGCAUUUAGGUUAUAGAUGAUUUGGUAAGGAAUGUUAUGAGGUUUCCUGUGUUGUGUGGGUAGAGUUUGAGGGUAUUCUGUGAUGUUACAGUGGUAUAGGUUUGUAGCAUCUUUGAAACUGUUUGAAUUAAUGAAGAAAAGUGUUGUUUAAUGUUGCCCAAAUUGUCACCUUCUUUAAUGGUGGAGUUGUGUUAUUUUGUAAUGUAAAAGAAGUAGUUUAUGAGCAAAGCAGAAAAGCAUUCAAUAGAAU